AUGGCGGACAGAGGUGACCGAGGCGGACGUGGAGGCCGUGGCCGUGGAGGACGCGGCGGCGGUUAUCAAGAUGGCCGAGGAGGUGGGCGUGGCGGCGGUUAUAAUGAUGGCCGAGGGGGAAGAGGCGAUGGCGGCUUUCGCGGCGGCAGAGGACGCGGCGAUGGAGGCCGUGGUGACUUCCGUGGCAGCUUCAGUGGCCCUAGAGGUGGCCGCGGUGGUUAUGAUCGCGGAAGGGGAGGCUUCAGAGGAGGUCGUGGUGGAGGAGCACCCUCAAACGAGCCGCCUGUUUUCACGGUUCCAUCUGGUGUACCUCAACCAGACGCUACCAUCACCAAGCUCGAGAACGAGGUGGUGAGAAACCAGAACAAUUCCGUUGCCCAAAUUACGUCAAAGAUGUCCAAGUUGGGAGUGGAAGAAAAGCAGAACUUGGGCAAGUUUCCUCCUCGACCUGCAUUCGGAAACAAAGGCCGCCCCGUCACUUUGUGGGCGAACUAUUACGAAGUCACCGUCAAAAUCCCUGUCAUCUACAAAUACACCAUGUCCAUCAAGCAGGUUGUGACCGAACCAGAAGAAAAGGCCGACGAGCCCGUCGCCCAGCCUAAGGGAAAGGGACACGGGAAGCCCAAGAACACCGCACCCCGCGAGGUCAAGGGCCGCCGGCUCUAUCUGGUUAUCGAGGCAACUUUGAAAGAGCUCACCAAGAAUGACCAGACAUUGGUCCUUGCGACUGAAUUCGCGUCGCAGCUCAUUUCUUUGCGCAAGCUUGAUCUCGGACUUGGCAACUCGAUCCAAGUGAACCUCCCAUCCGCAACGAAGCUUGACAAAACCGAAGUUUUUGAAGUGACUUUGCAUGGUCCUGCCGAAAUCCAAGUUAGCGAGAUGCUCAAGUACACCAACUCGACCACUGGUGCCUCGAAUGACACUCCAAAUAAAUCUAUCGACGGUGACGAUGCGGCCAAAGCCCUGGCAUUCCCCAAAUUCCCUGACGUUGUUGAUGCCCUGAACGUCAUAUUCGGGUUUGGUCCGAGGUCGAACAACAAUACCAGCGCUGUAGGAAGAUCCCGCUUCUUUUCUUUCAAAGAUGGUGGUAUCGUCGAGGAUUUGCGAACCUACGGGAGACCCCUACAGAUUGCCCGUGGAUUCUUCCAGUCCGUACGCUUAGGCACUGGCCGAGUUCUGCUGAACACAAACGUCACUCAUGGUAUCUUCAAAAUCGACGGCAAAUGCGAUACGAUCUUUAGGGAGCUGGGAAUUCAGCCAGCAAGCAAGCAGAGAUGCAGGUUGAUCAACAAGUUCCUUCCUAAGACCCGUGUGUUGACACAGAUGAAACUUUCUAACGGGAAAGUAAUCCAUCGACCCAAAGCAAUCUAUGGUCUGGCUUAUGCACCUGAGAUUGAACGAGCUUGUCGUGGGAAGGACCAUCCUCCUAAGUUUACGGGAGGGUUCGAUUAUCCCGGGCCACGAAACGCACAGUUCUUUGAAUCGGAUGGCAGUGGAAGUGGUAAAUAUAUCACCGUCGAACAAUACUACAAAAAGAAAUACAGUGCAACCUUACAGGACUAUCCUCUUCUCAACCUUGGCACUGCCGCAAACCCAAAUUUCACUCCGGCAGAAUUUGUACAAAUCAUCCCAGGGCAGUCAAUCAAGGCAAAGCUGACAGGCCGCGAAUCGACCGCGAUGGUCAACUUUGCUUGCCGAUCCACAUACGCCAAUGCCCUGUCUAUUGUCACUGAUGCGCGGGCGGCUUUGGGCCUCGAUGACGAAAAACUGGGCGAUUUCGGUAUUCAAGUUGGCAAACAGUUGCUCACUGUCCAGGGACGCGUUCUCGCCUCCCCAGGUGUCUCCUACUUUGACUCCAGAAAGCAGCCUAUCCAGGUUCACCCAAGAGAAGGCUCCUGGAACAUGAAAGCCAUAAAGGUGUACAGACCCGGCAAGCUCAUUUCACAGUGGACCUAUGUCAAUGUCAACCCAGGCAGAAACGGGCCUACUCAGAUCAGCACCGUGAAAGACUUUGCUCAGGCCAUGAGACAGAUGAAUAUUGCAAUCAACAGCGAGCCUCAAAGGCCUCCUAAAGAAAUCAUUAACCAGAAUGAAUUUCUUCAAGGAGACAUGGAGAAUUUCUUCAGAUGGGCUCAGCGAGCAAACAUCGAGUUUGUACUCGUGAUUCUUGGCACUACAGAGUCACAAUACUAUGGCAGGAUCAAGGCACUGGGCGACUGCACCUAUGGCAUCCACACUUGCUGUGUUCAAAGCGACAAGUUUGGAACAGGAAAAAACCCGCUGGCAUAUUUCGCUAAUGCCGCUCUCAAAUGGAACUUGAAGGCAGGUGGCGUGAACCACAAGCUUCAUAAUGAGUUUGGGCUUAUCAAAGAGGGCAAAACAAUGGUUGUAGGUUACGAUGUCACUCACCCAACCAAUAUGUCUUCAGACAAGAGCAAUGCUGCUCCUAGUUUGGUCGGGCUGGUAGCCACCAUUGACCGGGAUAUGGGGCAAUGGCCAGCCUAUUCUUGGGAGCAGUCGUCCAAGCAGGAGAUGUUAGACGAGACUUUGACUGAAGCUUUCAUGUCUCGCCUCGAUCUUUGGCAAAAGAACAACCGCCAACAGCUGCCCGAGAAUAUAGUUAUAUUCCGUGACGGCGUGUCGGAGGGGCAAUUUGCUCAAGUUCUACAGAAAGAGUUACCACGCAUUCGCAUCGCCUGUAAUGCCAAGUACGCAAAGAACAAAGGGCCCAGAAUCACUCUGAUUGUAUCAGUCAAGCGGCAUCAUACUCGCUUUUAUCCCACUUCUGCCGAGAGCAUGACAUCUAAGAACAACAUCGAAAAUGGCACCGUUGUGGAUCGAGGUGUCACGCAAGCUCGAUACUGGGACUUCUAUCUCACUGCUCACUCCAGCAUCAAGGGCACAGCUCGCCCUGCGCACUACACUGUAUUGUUAGAUGAGGUCUUCCGAGCGAAGUACGCAGCCGAGGCAGCCAACGAACUCGAGAGAUAUACCCAUGAGCUCUGCUACUUGUUUGGCCGAGCCACCAAGGCUGUAAGCAUCUGUCCCCCAGCUUACUAUUCAGACAUUGUGUGUACUCGAGCGAGGUUUUACCGACCCGAGUUCUUUGAGAUCAGUGACGACGAAAGUGUCAUCACUGCUGGGCCAGGAGGAAGUGCAAGCGGUUCAAAGCAGGUCCACACUAACUUGGUCAAUUCGAUGUACUAUAUCUGA